GUAUCGCCAAAUUUCUGCUAGUUCUGAGUUUCUAACAUUUCACUCUCUACCACCACCGGUUACUCUUAAAUAGGGUUUCUCCGUUGCGCGCGCCACCGCAAUUCUCCGGCGACUUCGCCGUCGUUUCGAUUUCGUUCUAUACACAGUCAGGUAUUGCCCCAGAGCAUUUGGGGAAAGUGGGAAUGGUAUCUUCUGAUGAUGAAGCUGAAGCAGUCCCAAGUACUGUCUCUAACUAUGAAUUUGUGGAUGAUAAGGAUGAACCUGUUUCAUUUGCGGAGCUAACAUUUCAGUGGAAUGAUACUGAGAGUUUGGAUGGGAAUAAAAGACAUAUUUUCUUGCGUGGGACUGCGGAUAAUGGCCUUCAGAAGAUUUAUAAGCAAGUCACAACAUGGAAGAUUGAUUCUUCGCGUAUAGAGCCAGCAAUUUCAGUUUUGUCUAAAGAGAACAAUUGGAUCAAACUUGAAAAACCAAGGAAGGCUUUCCAGGAUACCAUUAGGUCAAUCUUGAUCACUGUGCAUUCGUUACACUUCCUGAAAAGAAAUCCAGAAUCUUCUGGCAGAGCUUUGUGGGAUCAUUUAUCUAAAGUUUUCAGUGUGUAUGAGCCCAGGCCUUCGGAGAAUGAUCUAGUGGAUCACAUGAUUUUUAUCAAUGAAAUUGUUAAGCGUGAUGGAAAAUUGGCGCAAUCUAAGGUUUUACUUACAUUUAUGGAGGAGAAGCCUAAGAAGAAGAAAAUCUUUGACGAGGUUGGAUCAAUAUCUGAGUUUAUAGUCGAUGAGAUCAUAAAUGACGAUGAAGAAGAAGAAGAUGAUGAUGAGUCUGAUUACAAUCACUUUGAAUCUCUCUGCGCAAUAUGUGACGAUGGUGGUGAACUUCUUUGCUGCGAUGGGAAGUGCUUGAGGUCAUUUCAUGCUACUGUGGAUGAUGGUGCUCAAUCUCAGUGUGGAUCUCUUGGUUUUACAAAAGCUCAAGUUAAGGCAAUGAAAUAUCAAGAUUUCUAUUGUAAGAAUUGUGAAUAUCAGCAGCACCAGUGCUAUGCUUGUGGGAAGUUGGGUUCUUCUGAUCAAUCAUCUCAUGCGGAGGUCUUCCGUUGCGUUAAUGCGACUUGCGGCCAUUUUUACCAUCCACAUUGUGUUGCUAGACUGCUUCAUCCUGAUGCUCAGUCGAAGGUUGAUGAACUUAAAAAGAAGAUUGCUGCUGGUGAAUCUUUUGCUUGUCCUCUGCAUCAGUGCUGCGUCUGCAAACAAAGAGAAGAUAAAGAUAAACCUGAGCUACAGUUUGCCAUGUGUAGACGGUGUCCAACAUCCUAUCAUCGGAAAUGCUUGCCUAAGGAAAUUGUUUUUGACAAGAGCAAAAAUGAAGAAGUAAAUGAUGAUGAUGAUGAUGAUGAUGAGGAGGAGGAGGAGGAGGAGGAUGAUGUCUUGCCAAGGGCGUGGGAUGGUCUUAUAAAAAAUCGAAUUUUGAUCUAUUGUUUAAAACACGAAAUUGAUGAAGAACUGGCUACACCUUCAAGAGAUCACAUCAAAUUUCCGGGAGAUCGUGAGAGGGAGAAACAAACAUCGGAACAAUUAAGAAGAUUUAAAGGAAUGUCUGCAGAAGUGACUAAUGGCAAGAGAGUGAUUGCUAAAAAAUCAGAAACUGUUGAAAAAUUAUCCAAGGCAGUGAAGGUUGAUUUUUCCAGAAAGAGAGAGGGACUGUCUCUUCCUGAUUCUUCCAAAAGACAAAAAAUUAUUGAUGUUACUAGAAAGAGUUUGAACAAGAGUUCGUCUGCAAAACUCAACAAAGCUACCAAAAGUGAAGGUAAAACCUCUUUGGGUGAUAAGUUAUAUGCACUCAUUAGUAGGGAGUCACAAUCCGGUGAGUCUGGUGAAGAGGGGAAAACCAAGAUCGUGAAGUCUGACAAAAAGGAGAAAAACAGUUCACAAACUUUAGAUGCUACAUCAAAGAACAGAAUAUUGUCCAUGAUGAAAGACGUUAAAUCCUCCAUAACUAUGGAGAAAAUAGUGAAGCAGAAAGUACCCACAACACACGCAUACUCGUCAAAAUUUGACAAGUCUAUAACCUUGGGGAAAGUUGAGGGUUCUGUUGAGGCUAUUCGUGCAGCUUUACAAAUAUUAGAUGGAGGGGGUAAAGUCGAAGAUGCAAGAGCUGUCUGUGAGCCUGGGCUUCUUGCUCAGAUAAUGAAGUGGAGGAGCAAGCUCAGAGUAUAUCUUGCUCCCUUUCUAUAUGGCAUGCGCUAUACGUCUUAUGGUCGCCACUUUACUAAAGUGGAGAAGCUUAGAGAGAUUGUCGAUAUGCUUCAUUGGUAUGUUCGAGAUGGUGAUAUGAUUGUGGACUUCUGUUGCGGUUCCAACGAUUUCAGUUGCCUCAUGAAAAAGAAGCUGGAUGGAAUUGGGAAGGGUUGCUUGUAUAAGAAUUAUGAUUUAUUCUCACCAAAGAAUGAUUUUAAUUUUGAGAAGAGGGACUGGAUGACUGUCAAGUCAGACGAAUUGCCGGAAGGAUCGAAGUUGAUCAUGGGGUUGAACCCUCCUUUUGGGGUCAAUGCUGCUCUCGCCAACAAAUUUGUUAACAAAGCACUUGAGUUUAAGCCAAAGCUUCUUAUCCUCAUUGUUCCAAAAGAGACGGAACGGUUAGAUGUAAAGAAGGGGUCUCCAUAUGAUCUAAUUUGGGAGGAUGAUGCGUUGCUUGGUGGGAAGUCAUUUUAUUUGCCUGGGUCUGUUGAUCAAAAUGACAAACAAAUGGACGACUGGAAUGUGAGUGCACCACCGCUUUAUCUUUGGAGUCGCACUGAUUGGACAACCAUCCAUAAAGUAAUUGCUCAACAGCAUGGCCACCCGUCCAAUAUAAAAUUAGAAGAAAAUUUCUCCCACACACCUGCCCCUCGUUCACUGAAACAUGAAGAAGAUGUGUCGACAAGGAUCAAUAAUGACACUGGUUUUGAGGAUAAGAAGCAACAUCAGCACCAAGAAUACAAGGAGAGAUCACAGAAUAACAGUGGAAAAGAAGUUAGUGAUAAACAGAUCCAUGGGAAGAAAAAAUCUGAUGAGAAGUCAAAGAACGGGAGUCAGGAUAAAAGCAAGAAUAAAUUUGAUAACAAGUCAAUGAGAGAGAGUCAGGAUAGAAGCAAAUAUCAAAGAGAUUUGGAUGAAAAAUCAAGACAGGAUAAGUUCACAGCGAAACGUAAGAGAGAUUUGGAUGAAAAGGCAACAGAGGACAAGUCUAUAGGGAAAAGAUCUCUGUCUUCCUCCCCCAGAGUGACCAAUCAUAAGUCGGUUGAUCGGCACACAAUAUCGUCUUCUAAGGCAGAAGAGAAUGAAGACUAUCAACGUUUUGCAGGUCAGAGUGCUGCUGCUUCACUGAGAGAGCAAGAGACAGGGUAUGGGGUACAUCAGGACAGAGAUUUGGAAAGAAUGCACAUCUUGCGAACGGAGGAGCCUUAUUCAGGUUUAACUCACCAAUAUCCUCAGUCUGCUAGUCCUGGUCCUGGUCCUGAAUAUAUGGGGCACAGGGCACAUCAGGACGGUGACAUGGCAAGAAGAAAUGGCUUGCCAAUGCAGGAGCCUUAUUCAAGCUUAAAUCACCAGUAUUCUCAGUCUUCUAGUCCUGGUCGUCAGUAUGCAUUCAGGUCGUCAGAUGAAAGAUUUAUGGGAUACCAGAGAGAUCAUGCAGAUAUACCUGGUUAUAGACCAUACACCAGUCACUCAAAUGGCGGGAUGUAUGCAAGGGAGUCAGAUGUCCGACCACAGGGUAACCUUUAUGGGCAGCAGUGUGAUGGGUAUUUGCCUCCCAGAAGCAACUAUGUAGCAGGUGCUGGCCCUGGAUACCAUCCGAGUCCAACUGAUCCAACAUAUGGAAGGAUCAAUAUGCCUGUGCAACAGUAUGCUCCACAGGAUGAGUUAUAUCCUGGUAGAAUGAGUAGCAUGGGAUCUGAAGGCAGAAGCGACAUCUACGGUGGUGGUAUUGCUAGACCUGGGUUUCAAGGUAACUCAUUGGGCUUCGCUCCAAGGCCUUACCACCCCUAUUCACAGCAAAAUUCGUCAGGGUGGCUUAAUGAGUAGAUAGACAGUGGGCUGGUUGGUUUGCGGAGUGUUGAAGACGUGUCCUAUUUAUGUUUUCGCAGUUUCUGCUUAUUUCAUCCUUUAUCGAACUUCCUUUUUUUGCCGCAUUUGUUUUCAAUCAAUAGUAGUAAAAACUGAAGGCAUUAUAUGUGUAGAGUAAAAGAUAGAAAUGCACAGGCAACUAUGCUCCUUGAAUACUUUCUCUAGGGGUUUCUUGUUAUGUAAACUUAUUUUGUUCCUUAAUGCACCUCCACUUGAGCCACAUCUUUAAG